AUGAAAUUUCUUUUUCUGAUUGCAACCUGCAUUUUGGAGUUGGCCCAAGCUGAGUUGGAUACUUAUCAAGCGAAAUUUGUUGGAUAUACGCUUCUUCGAGAUUUUCAAGUGAGCAAUGUCACAUUGGAUGAUUUGGAUAUGGUUUUUCAAUUCCCGUUUUCGAUUUCGUCGUGUGAAAACGCAGAAACGAAAUCCGAGACAAAAAGUGAGAUGUACGAAAGACAAUACAAAAAUCGCCGAUCAUCAAUCCCAUCAAAAGAUAUUGCAAAUCAUUUCGGAUAUCGGAAAGGUUAUGCAGAAAAAGAUCGCAAUCCAACUUUUGCGAGAUUUGUGAUCAAGGAAGAAGUUUUGACGAGAUUUGUUCAUGAGGUUGAAAUCGGAAGCGAUGGAUGGAAUUUCAAAAUGAUUUUUACGUAUCCGACUCAACGGGAUGAGAUGGAAGUUGUUCGGGCUGUUGGAAAAGACGGAGUUGAGAGUUUUUAUCUGAAAUCUCUCAAGAUUUGUAAUAAUGAGAAUAGUUGA